AUGGCUGGCAGGGGAUUCGCGGUUGAUGAUCCAGCAGCUGACAUCGAGGCCAAGAUAACACUCUCAGUGAUCAUCACUUGCAUUGUUGCUGCAUCCAGUGGACUCAUUUUUGGCUAUGACAUUGGAAUUUCAGGAGGUGUUACUACGAUGGUGCCAUUUCUCGAAAAAUUCUUUCCAGAUGUCCUAAAAAAAGCUGCAAGCGCUGAAAAAGACACAUAUUGUGUGUAUGAUAGUCAAUUGUUAACGUUAUUUACGUCGUCUCUAUAUCUAGCUGGGUUAGUAACUUCACUAACAGCUAGUCGAGUCACGGCUUCCAUCGGGCGGAGAAACGCCAUCAUGUUGGGUGGUGUCAUCUUUCUUGUUGGUGGUGCGGUUAAUGGAGGUGCUCAAAAUGUUGCUAUGCUCAUCCUUGGUCGUAUAUUUCUAGGUUUUGGAGUUGGUUUCACUAAUCAAGCUACUCCAUUGUACGUUUCGGAAAUCGCCCCACCAAAAUGGCGAGGCGCAUUAGGCACAAGUUUUCAAUUUUUUGUACAAAUUGGCAUUGUGGGUGCAAGUAUAUUAAACUCUGCCGUCGCGCAACACCCUUAUGGAUGGCGAAUUGCUCUAGGCUCAGCCGUGGUUCCAGCAGCAUUGAUCACAAUCGGCGCCUUCAUUAUAACGGACACGCCAACCAGUUUAGUGGAACGUGGGAAGAUGGAUCAUGCCAGAAAAGCUUUGUGCAAAGUGAGAGGCUCAGACGAUAUCCAACCCGAGUUAGACGAACUUAUUAGACGAUCAUUACAUGCAAAAACUAUGAAGCAAGAGCCUUUUGUCACCAUAUUUGAGAGACAAUAUCGACCUCACUUGGCUAUAGCAGCACUUAUUCCUCUUUUUCAGCAAUUUUCGGGGAUCAACAUGAUCGCGUUCUAUGCACCUAACCUUUUCCAGUCUACGGGUUUCGGACAAGAAGCAGCCUUGCAUGCUCACAUCGUACUUGGAGUUGUUAACUUUGCUUCAAUCAUUAUCUUCUCUAUCAUUAUUGAUCGGGUUGGUCGAAGAUUCUUAUUCUUAGCGGGUGGCAUACAAAUGCUUUUCAGUCAAAUCGCGGUAGCUAUUGUGCUGGCAGACGCAACAGGUAUUCACGGCAUGGGAAGUGUAUCGAAAGGAAACGCGACAUUGUUAUUGGUAUUGUUUAGUUUCUACUCUGCAGGUUUUGGUUGGUCAUGGGGUCCUCUCAUAUGGAUAGUUCCAAGUGAAAUUUUUCCAACGAAAAUCAGAACAACUGGACAAAGCAUAGUUGUUUCUAUGCAAUUCAUAGCUAUAUUUGUUACAUCUCAAACAUUCUUGUCAAUGUUAUGUCACAUGAAGUAUGGUGCUUUCUUGUUCCAUGCUACUUGGAUUAUAGUCAUGACCCUCUUCAUUGCGUUCUUCGUGCCCGAAACCAAAGGCCUUCGUUUGGAUUCAAUUUCUGCUUUAUGGUGUAAACACUGGUAUUGGCGCUAUUUUGUUAAAGGAGAAGAAAGCCAAAUUCAGCAGUGA